GAUUACUGAUUGUGCAGAAGAAAAAACAAUGGUGUGAUUCCAGAUUUUUAUUUGUAAGUAUUUAUAGAAUCCGAUAUCAAUUUAGCUAAAGUAACGUUUCAGUGUCGUUUAUAACGUGCACCCGUCAGAAGAUGCCGAUACCGAGAUAACAUCUAAAAAAUCCUGCAAGAAAACUUUCCAAAAUCUUCCUCAAGACUGUUAAUUUUUUUAUUAGAUAUAUAAUUAUUUUUCACUUAGUAAUAAAAGACAGUUCGGAGCGGUCACUAGCGAAAGAUGCCAACCAAGCGAGAGAGAAAUAAAAGACGGAACUAGCUAUUUAUUUAAUAUUAAUUAAUAAUUAAUUAGUGUAAUCCAUUAUAACCGUUAUUAGUUUUUUUCAUAUUAUUACCAUAUACUCUCAUAAACGCAAAUAACGGAAUGAAUUAAUGUUAAACGCUUUCGCCGAAGUUUAAAUCAUCUAUUUAUUCGUUUAUUUAAUCAAUUCAUUAUUUAAUUAAUCACAAAUGACAACUAUUAUAGUAAGAGUUCGAUAAGGUCAGUUUAAGGCAUUUGACAGACCAUUAUGGACAAUAUGGCUUCGAAUGUGACCUUGAGAAGCAAUAAACAAAGGAAAGAUAACCUUAUAACGAGGAAGCAGGAUAAGUCUCCCGAGAAGACGAUCAGGGGAACGCGGGGGGCGUACAGAGGCAUCCCGUCUACUUCGAAAAGACCGACCGAAGACGACAAUGAGACGGGCUCCACGGAAAGACUGGACAGACCAAAGAAAUUCAUAUCACAGAACAAAAGCAACUAUGGGCUGGGGAAGAGGCCUGACUUCUCACUCAAGAACAGGAACGUGCAUUUAGCUUCGUCGCGCUAUGGACAGAUGACAUCAGGGCUUCACAGCCACGGGCACCAGAUCUCGCAGCCGACGGGACACCAUCUGGACUCAGCCACCGUCCUCCCUGCCAAGGAGAAGACCAUACACGGGAAAGAAAAGACCUUCAAGGUGGUGGUCGGUAGUGAAGUGAUGAAGGCGCCUCUGGUUGGCCCCCGGCCGUAUAACGCGCUGGCCAUCAUCCACACCCAGCAGAGCAAUACCUUCGAUAUGCUCAACUCGCUUACCACCAGUGUCGCUAGUCAGCCCGUGGUCGGAGUGGGGGUAGGGGUGGGGGGCUUUCACCGAAGGAGUUCUGGCCAGGGGACGCUCUGCGACCCGGAACUGGACGACAGCGGGAACAAACUGGUCGCCAGGCUUGAGGAUGAUGCCUUCAUCUCGGAGCAGGAUCUGGAAGAAAAUAUCGAAAUAGCAACUGCAACUGAAAAACGAAUAUCAAAGACUGAUGCAUCUGGAGAAGAUCAACCACAGGAGCCACAGAAUGGCUUGGUGUACGGUCCUAUUUAUGAGCUGGAGAAGUUGGAACAGAAGGACAAGCAGGACAAGGACGACAAAGAAGAUGAGGAGGAACCCAUCGGAGUCUCGCCUUGUGGCAGGUUUUUCAAGUACGACAAGGAGGUGGGUCGCGGUUCUUUCAAGACGGUGUACCACGGACUCGACACUCAGACUGGAGUCGCGGUCGCAUGGUGUGAGCUGCUGGAGAAAAAGCUGAACAAAACCGAACGUCUUCGGUUCCGCGAGGAAGCUGAUAUGCUGAAGAAGCUCCAGCACCCGAACAUCGUGCGGUUCUACAACUACUGGGAGGGCACCGUCGCCAAGAAGAAGAACAUCGUGCUCAUCACUGAACUCAUGCUGAGCGGGACUCUUAAGGCGUAUCUCCGGCGGUUUAAGCGAAUAAACCCGAAAGUACUAAAGUCGUGGUGUCGUCAGAUUCUAAAAGGAUUAAACUUUCUACAUUCAAGAACUCCGCCUAUUAUACACAGAGAUCUGAAGUGUGACAACAUCUUUAUAACGGGUACGACUGGCAGCGUCAAGAUUGGAGAUCUGGGACUGGCCACACUCAAGAACAGGAGUUUCGCCAAGUCCGUUAUAGGCACCCCCGAGUUCAUGGCUCCGGAGAUGUACGAGGAGCAUUACGACGAGUCGGUGGACGUGUACGCGUUCGGCAUGUGCAUGCUGGAGAUGGCCACGGGCGAGUAUCCCUACAGCGAGUGCUCCGGGCCCGCGCAGAUAUACAAGAAAGUCGUCUCGGGAGUAAAGCCGCAGAGUUUGGAGAAGGUCACCAUCCCUGAGGUCCGGGAUAUCAUCGAGUCGUGUAUUAAGCCAAACAAAGCUGACAGGCCAAAAGUGAAAGAUCUGUUGAACCACGAGUUCUUCGGCGAGGACAUCGGGCUGCGGCUGGAGAUUGUCGGCAGGGACCUGGUCACCUCGUCCGACAUCACCAAGAUACAGUUCCGGCUGAAGAUCAUCGAUCCUAAGAAACGGUCCUACACCCACAAGGAGAACGAAGCGAUCCAGUUUGAGUUCGACAUAGAGAAUGACGACUGCGAGGAAGUUGCCAACGAGAUGGCGAAGGCCGGCCUCAUCAUGGAAGAGGACGCCAGGAUCGUCUUCAAGCUGCUCAAGUCUCAGCUUAUCAGCCUUAACAGGGAGAGGAAGGAGAAGAAUUCUCAGAUGCUGAUCAUAGAACAGAACAGGCAGCAACUCUACGAGCAACAGUUAAGGCAGCAGAUGAAGAUGAUACAGAAUCAGCAGCAAGCGGGACCCGUGGACCAGGUGACGGCGGGGCUUCUCAACGGAGUCGGGUCGCAGCCCCUCGCUGGCGUGCAGCUGGACCCUCAAUCGCAGCUCCUGCAGUGUCAGCAGCAACUGCUGCAGCAGCAGAUCCAGCAGCUGAACAACGAGGACGCUGCCAUGAAGCUGCUGCAGCAGAACUUCAUGCAGGCCAGGAUAUCCCCCUCCAUGACUGCCGACCAGCAGCUACUGCAGAACAAGGUGUUCCUCGAACAAAACUUGAAACAACAGGUAAUGAUGGAGCAGAAUCUCAUCAACCAGCAAAUGCUGGAACAGUCAGUCCAAGGCCAGGUCCAACAAAACCUUCUCGAACAAGUCCCUUCACAGACCCAGUGGCAGCCGAACCUCCUGAACCAACAGUUGACCGCCGAGAUCAACAACCAGAACCAGGCGCUGCAGCAACAGAUAAUACAGCAACAGCAGACUAUCAUAGCGCAGCAAGCCGCCGCCAUACAGCAGAAACAACUCGAAGAACAACUCACCGUGCAAGAGAAUAUGAUUGCAGGGCCCCAGAAUCUCGUCACUGGUCAAAUGUUAGAUCCCUCCUUACAGAACCUACAGACUAUUCUAUCACAAAUCAUACAAAGACCCGACACGCUACAAUCUAGGAAGGAAUCGGAAUCUGAAACUCAGCAACAGCAGCAACAACAGCAACAAAUGACACAACAACAAACAGAGAACAUCGAGAUGCAACAGACCCAGGAACAAGAGGCGUUGCAACAGAUGCAGAACCUGGUGAACUCGCAGCUGCAGCAACAGAACAUGAACUACCAACACGGGCAGCAGUUCUCGCAGCCGUCGCAGCAGGCGAUGGACCCCGCGUACCUGGCGCAGCAGCAGCAAGUAGUGGCGGCGCAGCAGCAGGUGGCGGCGGCGCAGCAGCAGCUGGACGUGCAGAAGCAGGUGCUGGCGCAGCAACAGCUGGCGCUGCAGCAGCACCUGCAGCAGGCGCCGCACCACGCGCGCGCGCUGCAGCCGCAGCAGCACUACCUGGCGCAGCAGGCGCUGCAGCUGCACGCGCGCCAGGACGCGCUGGCGCACGACUGGGCCGCGCUGCUGCAGCGCCGCUCGCUGCUGGACCAGCUGGACCAGCGCGCCUGCCGCCGCCAGGACUCGGAGCCCGAGCCCUACGCGCGCCCGCAGCUGCAGCACCAGCUGUCCGUGGACCGCAUGCAGGGCCAGUCCCUGCCGCACCACAACUUCGGCAUGGUACGCCAAAACGAGAGGCAGAUAUCUAGUCAUGAAGGCACCCCGGUGCAGAAUUAUUCCGCCAAUCCUUUGCAAAUGUACCAGCCGGCGCAGAGCCAGCCCGUGAUGAUGCAGAACGUGUACCAGUCCAACCAGAUGGAGUCGUCCAUUCCUUCGUCCGCGGCGGCCGGCAUGCAGUCGGUGCAGGACGCCAUGCCGCAGCAGAUGCCGGUGGCGGUGCCCAUGUCGGUGCCGCAGCCGCUGCACUCGGUGCCGCUGUCCAUCCAGCAGCCGCAAGUUCCUCAACAACAACUACAGCCCAUGCAGCAAGUCCAGACGAUACAGCCUCAGAUCCAACAGAUGUCUCAACCGGUUCCUCAGUCUCAGCCACAGCCUACGCCGGUUCCUCACACGCAGCCUCUGCAGCAGCAAGUCCAGUUACCGACGGACCUGGUGCAGCAGCCUCAACAGUUGAACCUUCCAGCAGACCAGGUGGAGAAUGGGUACCAGAGUAACGGGGGACAAAAGGAGCAGUUCCACACUCCGUUGACGGAGUUCCCGAACAACCACGCGGAGGCUAUCAAGCAGCCUGAGCUCAGCUCUGUGGAGGAGAAACAGGGAGAGGUUCAGCAACAGGAAGCGGGUACGGCCAUAUCAUCUCCGAUCACGAGCGAGAAGAAGUCCCGCGGCUCGAAGAAGCGUUCCCGGGAGAAGGACAAGCUGCCGAAGCUGACCGUGCUGGAGGUGAACGAGGCGGCCACCAUGGUGGAGUGCCAGCUCGAGUCCAAGUCCAAGACCGUCACCUUCAAGUUUGACGUGACUGAUGUUAAUCCUGAGGAGAUUGCUAGUAACCUUGUGUCAAACAACUUGCUCCCAGAAUGGCAGAGCGCUACGUUCAUGGAGCUGAUCAAAGACAUCGUGAACCAGCUCAUCACCAACCCUGGAGUCACCCCCGUUCUCAACCCCGCGCACCACUCUGCACUCAGGCUCAAUAUUGACAAGACUGACUACGAUUCCGAAACGACUGAACGCGAGGAGAACCUGACGGAUUCGAACCAGGACAACUCGGAGUGUACGACGCCGACGGCCAGCCACGACAACAUCGCGGCCGAACUCGCCUACGACCAGCCCGAGCCUGAGCCCGUCCUCGCGCCCGCGCCACCGGGCCCCGCUCCCGCGCCACCGGGCCCCGCUCCUGCACAAUCAGGCCCCGUGCCGCCGGGCCCCGCCCCCGCAUCGGGCCCCGCCCCUGCACCGCCCCAUGUGCCGCAUGGAGACACCGUCACCAGGAAGAUUAGUACUGCGUCGUCUAUAGGUUCUAAUCAAUCGGACGGUGGGUCAAUGGCGCCCGAACGUUCUGGCAGCACGGAGUCGCAGAGCGGCGAGAAGAAGCAACAGAAGCCAACUCGAAAGAUAUCACGUUUUCUAGUCAGCCCCGUAGUCGACCGCGGGGAGAAUGUCCCUGAAGAAAAACCCAUACCCGAACCCGCGGAACUUAUAGAACCUCAAGUCAACGGUCUCCCAGAAAAAGAGCCUGCCCCCCUCCCCCCACAGGAGUUUGUUCCUACGCACCAGUAUUCAGUAGCACCGGCGAUUCAGCCUCCAGUAGACCUAAGGCCCGACGUCUCUCAGUCCAUAGAGAGGCCCAUAGAAAUGAAGCAAGAAGUGCCAGUCACAGUUACAAUGGUUCUUCCCCCUAUAGUAUCUAAUAUUUCGAGCGUACCACCAGUGCCGACUCAAAAUAUGAUUAAUCCUAUGUUAAACUCAUCUAAUCUACAACCUAACCUAACGACUCCGUUGCAAAUAGCCACAGACACCCCUUUAUUGGGGUUGAGUCAGGUCGGGACCCCCAUGGGCGUGGGAGGGGAGCUCGGCUUGAACAUGGGGCUGCAGGGGGUCGGGCUGGCCAUGUCGGGCCCCGCACCGGGGUCCAACGAUGCCAUGCCUAACGCUGAGAAUAUACAGAGGAUGCUGUUGAAGCAAAAUAUUAUGAACCAACAACAAAACCUCUCCGGGCCUAACCUACUGGGAUUACUGAACCAGCAAUCGUACCCCCAACCAGACAUCGGCCUGCACAACACUAUACUCAAUAACACACAACCUGCACCCAUGAUGGCGGCGCGCCUGCCCCCCCAGUACCAGCAGCCCAAGUACUACCAACCGAUGCUGGCCAACGACUUCAUUGGACUCAAUCCCCUCUUUCAAUCAUCAGCUCAGCAGCAAGCGCUGCAGUCGUCGGUGAACCAGCUGGCCAGCCAGCAGAUGUCCCAGCUCGGCAUGAUGGGGCUGGCUGCACCACUGGCUCCGCAGGCCAUCGCCUUCCAGCACCAGAACAUCGCACAGAAUCUAGCACUCAACCAGAAUCUGAUGGGGCAGAAUCUAGGACAGAAUCUGGGGAAUUAUACAGGUCUAGCAGGUCAAAACUUAGGAUUAGGCGGUCAGAAUCUCAUUGGCGGCCAGAACCUGGCGCUGGGUGCACAGAACCUGGCCCUGGGGGGGCAGAACCUGGGCAUCAUCAACCAGAACCUGGGGCAGCUGGUGGCACAGCGCGCCGUGCACCACGCGCUGGCCAGGAGGGCCGUCGACAUGGAUAUGGCAGGCAUGACUGCAGUGAACUCGACGGGUUCGUCCCAGCCGAGCACCCCCAACAAGCCGCAGUCGUACAGCGAGUACAUGCUCACGCUGCAACACAAGCUCGCCUCCAUAUCCAAUAGCGGCCCCGUGUCCCCGCAGUCUCCGCUGGAGUACAGCCCGGCCCUGUCGCCGACCCAUCGCCCGCCCCUGCACAAUAUGCCCAAGUCGGAGGGCACGGAGGCGGGCGAGGCGAGCGAGGCGAGCGAGGCGGGCGAGGCGAGCGAGGCGGGCGGCGCGGGCAGCGCGGCGGCGCGCGGCACCCGCCACGCCGCGCAGCUGGCCGAGCUGGACCACGAGCUCAGCAAGAUCAGUCUGCACUACAAACACCCGCCGCCCAAGGAUGUGUUCAUAGAACACAACACGGACGAGCAUGAAAUGCUUGCGGCGAACAUCAACGAUAGUGCAGUCAACACAUACGAAGAACUGGGACCGGAGUGGGAGUCUCGGUCGACGCGGUUCCGAGUGUCCCGCGCGGCGCCCUGUCGCGGCUACGAGCUCUGCCGGCUGCUGCCGAAUGAUCACGGCAAAGAAAAGCUAGACCUGCUUCAAAGCCAUCCGUACCCCGAAGGCGCGCUGGACGAGGUAUCCUGCGCGGACAAUAACUCGUCGUACGAGGAGGCGACGGCGGGCGAGACGUACGUCAUCACGGACACUCGUGCGCACACGUACCUCGUGCACGACGCCCUGGCGGACGCUGUCGCCACCAUCAUCGACCCUGGCAGGACUUCGCAUGAGAGUUGUCCGGGCCUAUGCUCCCCGGAAGAACGUCGGUGUGCGUCAGACGGGUCCCAGGGCUCCUCGUCCGACCAGGCGUACCUGAUAGUGGACCCUUGGCGCUCGCUCACCUGCGCCGUCAUCGACCGAGCGUUGCGGCUCACUGCCGACUCGGGGUUCACGCCUUUCCACGAAGCUAAAUACGCCGCCGAUGUCUCUACUAACAUCGAGGCGAGUACGCAGCUGUCUGCCCGCGCGGAGCUGGCGCGCUGGCAGCUGGCGGGCGGCGCGGGGCCCGCGGGCGGGGAGCGCGGCGCGCGCGCCGACGCCGUGCUGCCCGCGCCCGAGCCCGCGGCCCCCGCGCCGCCGCUGCCCGCGCUGGCGGCCUCGCUCGUCACCUACGAGACUCUCACCGACAAAGCGGUGUGCCGGCAGGUGGUGCUGGUGUCGGUCCAGCCGUCCCAGUUAUGACGUGUGUAGCGGAUCACCUUGUACCUUAUAUUUAUUGUAAAAUGUAAUAUAUCUAUAUCACUACUCGUAAAUAAAAUAUUCAUAUGUGAUAUCUACA